ACGUGGGUUGCCGGUAGGGUUUCUGGUAGUCUGGCGGCAAGGUGACUGCCGACCGGAAGCUGCCGCUGAAAGCGGGAGUUUGAGUGGCCCCGUUGCGGGGCUCAGAUGGAAACGCCGGGUGUCUUGGACGGACUCCGGUCCCGGUUGUUUACUGGCCGCGCGAGGCGGCCCCCGCGGCGUUUUGGUUGGCUAUUGCCGACGACUGUGCUGUGUGGCUACGGUUUCUUUGCCAACUUGCGACCGUCGGAACCUUUUCUCACACCUUACUUGUUGGGACCAGACAAGAACCUCACCGAGACCCAGGUCUUCAAUGAAAUUUAUCCAGUAUGGACAUACUCUUAUUUAGUGCUGCUGUUCCCAGUCUUCUUGGCCACAGAUUAUCUCAGAUACAAGCCUGUCAUCCUUCUGCAAGGACUAAGCCUUAUAUUAACAUGGUUUAUGCUUCUCUACUCCCAAGGAAUUCUAGCUGUUCAGUUCCUGGAAUUCUUUUAUGGAUUAGUGACUGCAACAGAAAUUGCUUACUACUCUUACAUUUAUAGUGUUGUGGACUUGAACUUGUACCAGAAAGUCACAAGCUACUGUCGAAGUGCUGCCCUUGUGGGCUAUACUGUGGGCUCUGUCUGUGGACAAGUCCUAGUGUCUGUUGCAGGCUGGUCCCUGUUCAGUUUGAAUGUGGUGUCACUUACUUCUGUAUCUGUUGCCUUUGCAAUAGCUUGGUUUCUGCCCAUGCCACAGAAAAGCUUUUUUUUUCACCAUCACCCAAGCUUCCAGGUCAGUAAGGAGAUGAAAGUUUUAAAUUAUAAAAAUGGAACAAUUAUCCAACGUGAUCCUGCCUUAAAAAAGGUUCCUGGGUUGGAAGAUGUGGAAUUGAAGAUUCCAUUAAAUAUAGAAGAGUGUCCUGCAGAGGAGCGAGAGCAAAAGGUGAAGAUUAUGAAGGUAAUCAAAGAACUCUGGCAGGACUUCUUACAGUGUUACUCUUCCUGGCCUCUGGUUUGCUGGUCUGUAUGGUGGGCCCUGUCAACAUGUGGCUAUUUCCAGGUCAUCAAUUAUACUCAAGGCAUGUGGGAAAUUGUGCUGCCUUCUCAGACCUAUGAGAUCUAUAAUGGUGCUGUGGAAGCUGUUUCCACAUUGUUGGGUGCUGUGGCUGUAUUUGCUGUGGGACACAUAAAAAUAUCUUUUCUUACUUGGGGUGAAAUAGUCUUAGCUAUGUUCUCCCUUUUCAUUGCUGCAGCUGUGUAUAUCAUGGACACUAUUCCUAACAUUUGGGUGUGCUAUGCUUCCUAUAUGGCAUUUCGAAUUGUCUAUAUGCUACUCAUUACAAUUGCAACGUUCCAGAUUGCUACAAAUUUAAGUGUAGAGCGCUAUGCCCUUGUAUUUGGUGUUAAUACUUUUAUUGCACUGGCAUUGCAGACAGUACUCACAUUGAUAGUUGUUGAUGCAAAAGGUCUUGGCCUUGACAUAAUUACACAGGUAAGAUAUAUUAAUUUUGAUUGGGUGGGAAGAGAGUGGACAGCUUUUCAUAACUUGUUACCUUGCAGAGAUGUUAGACUUCAGUUCUCGUAUGCUCCAUAUUCUCUAAUAUCAACAUAA